AUGGCGGCGGCACCUGGGCGCUGCCGUGAAGCCCUGCCGACGACGCUGCUGACCCUAGCAGAUGAGCUCCUGGAGGAAAUCUUCCUCCGCCUCCCCGGCGCGGCGGACCUCGCCCGCGCCUCCAUGGCCAGCGUCUCCUUCCGCCGCCUCAUCGCGGACCACGGCUUCCUCCGCCGGUUCCGCGGCGGCCACCUGCCGCCUCUCCUAGGCGUCAUUCCUUCCCGCCACCGGCAGGACGAUCCGACGCAUCUAGCCCAGCCGCCACAUCCCUGCGCCGCCGCCGCGAGCACCUUGGCCGGUUUUCACGCCGCCGUCUUCUCGUGCUCCUUCCUCCCCUCCCCGAAGCGCUGGCACAGGCGCGACCUACGGGACGGCCGCGUCCUCCUCUCGGGCGUUCCGGAGGGAAGCAAGUUCGACUGCCGCACCUUGGCCAGGGAAUUGGCUGUGUGCGACCCGCUGUACCGGCGCUACGUGCUGCUGCCUGCCAUCCCCGACGACCUGGCCGCUUCAGUAGUGCGGUUGCAGCCACAGCGUUUUGAGCCCUUCCUUGCUCCUCCGGCCGCCGCCGUGGAGGAUAAGGAGGAGGAUGGCAUGUCAUUCAGAGUUAUCUGCUUGGCCCAGUGCGCAACCAAGCUGGUCCUCUUCAUCUUCUCUCGUGGUCGUGGUGCUGGAGCUGGAGCUGGACAAUGGCGCUCUGUUACAUUUGACAAUUGGAACGCUCUGGUGGCAGGAUCGGACAACUGGGCUCCAUGCGUGGCAUACUCGUGGCCUUGGAGGCGCCACUACGCACACGGAUGCUUCUGUUGGGCGUUUUAUCCUGAAGGCAAGUUGAUCGUGCUCGACACACGUACUAUGGAUUUCUCUGCUGUCAACCUCCCACAUGCUGGCAGCAAUCAGAUGCAGGUUGUCAUUCUAGAGGCAGGGAAUGGAAGGCUUGGGAUGUUUAUGAAUGAGUAUUUGACACGGGAACUCAGCUAUGUAGUUUUGAGGAAUGAUGGACAUGCUGCAAACCAGUGGCAAUCAGAGGCAACGUUCAGCUUGCCCCUAAAUCAGCGCAAUAUGCUCAUGGGCGUAGCUGGGGGAUAUUUACUCAUACAUGGUAUUCCAGAAAGCUUUUUUUCAUUCCCGUGGGCUGAAAGGGAAGACGUGAAUGUUUUUUCGCUAAAUCUCAAGACUUUGCAGCUUGAGCCGUUCUUUGCAUCUAAGCAUUGCAUCAUGGAUGGUCAUCUGUUUGCCGGUUUCCCACCAUCAUUGUCUCCACCAACUAUUUGACAUGGUAACCUUUCUAUCAGUAUUUGCUUACUUGUAUUUUGCAACUCUACAAGACUUUGCAGUAUUACGCAGGUAGCGAUGGUGUGCUAUGUCACUAUAGUUACAUUUAUCAAAACAGUUACCAUGCAAUUGUAAACCUGUGGAACUUGGGAGAUCAACAAGUAUUUGUUUCUCAUCUUGGAGAUAUAGUUGUCAUCAUAUUUCUAUACUACUCCCUCCUUAGCUCCUUCCCUUUUUAGGUGGUGCACAUGUUUUUCAAGGUUUGAGUUUGACCAUCAAUUUGACCAACCGAACAUGAAUUAUAUGUCAGGAAAGUUAUAAAAUUAAAUUCCUAUUUGAAGAAUUUCUAAUGGUGUAUUUUUUAUAAAAUGACCAUGCAUUAUUAGUCAAAUUAAUUAACGCUCAAAGCUAAAACACGAAAAACUAGGGAGUAGCAUACAAAUUUUAUAAAUCAUCAUCAUAAUGUUGUACAGAGCUUGAUUUGUGCUUGUAUUGGAUAUUUUCUUUGAAGUUAUUUGUGCCUUAUAUAUCUUGCAAAGUGCAAACUAUAUUUCUCCAAUUCUAUAUAUACUUCUGAACCACUUUGCUUGUAUUAGGUGCUUCACCUUCCUAAUUGAUUGCAUUUGCUAGUAUGUUUGUAAUAAGACUAUU